AUGAAGCACCAACUCAAAGUUUCUGUUGCUCUUGUUAUUAGCUUGCUAUGGUUUCAGCACUCACUUUGUGCAAAUGAACCUUCUGAUUCUGAUCUAAACAAGUGGAAAUGUAGAUGUUCUUUCCGAGUUGACCAGAAAAACUCUAUUUCUAAUUGUUCGAAGUCAUGUGAUUGCCAUUCAGAGACUGCAUCCAUAUGGACAUGCAUAUGUGAUUCAAAUGGCUUUCCUGAAGUGGCAGCAGGAAGCCAUAAUCCUAAUUGCUUUAUUGCCUGCAACUGCAUCUGGGGAACUGCUAAGAUGUCACUGGGUUCAAAGACACACAUUUCGAGCAAGAUUGUAAUAACCAUUAUAGUAAUGUGUGUUACAUGCACAACUAUUGCAGUUCUAGCCUCAGUUCUAUGUUAUGUCCGCCGAAGGAAGAGGCAUCAUCCUAUUCAAUCACCAAUGAUCUCGUCAUCAGAUAAGGAAACAAGUUAUAGUGGUCCCAGCAACUUCAUUAGUCAGAGGACUUCUUUUGUGCCAGAUAUAAAAGGCAUUAUUGAUUCUCCUAUAAGUCAUAUUACAAGAUGCUUUCAAAAUGCCUCUAUCUUGUUUGGGAAUCAAAGAGAAACAUUUCAUGGAAAUAUUAUUCAGUUUUCAUUUGCUGAACUGGAAAAUGCCACUGAAAACUUUAAAGCUUCCAACCUUAUUGGACUAGGUGGAAGUAGUUAUGUAUACCGUGGUCGACUGGAAAAUGGUAGUAAUGUGGCAGUAAAGAGACUUAAAAAUCAAGGAGGGCCUGAAGCCGACACUGAAUUUUUUACAGAGAUUGAACUAUGGUCUAGACUUCAUCAUUGUCAUCUGGUGCCAUUGAUUGGAUACUGCUCAGAAUUAAAAGGAAAAACCGUUCAGAGGUUACUAGUGUUUGAUUACAUGAGUAACGGAAAUUUGAGGGACCGUUUAGAUGGAAUUUUCGGAAAAAAUAUGGAUUGGUCUACUCGAGUUACAAUUGCAUUAGGAGCUGCAAGGGGUUUGGAGUAUCUUCAUGAAGCAGCUGCUCCUAGAAUUCUCCACAGAGAUGUCAAAUCAACAAACAUUCUUCUUGAUAAAAAUUGGCAAGCAAAAAUAACUGAUCUUGGUUUGGCUAAAGACUUAAGAUCUGGUGACCUCACCAGUUGCUCAGAUUCUUCUCAGAGAAUGAAGGGGACAUUUGGUUAUUUUGCACCUGAGUAUGCAAUUGUUGGGAGAGCCUCUAUUGAGUCUGAUGUCUUCAGUUUCGGCGUGGUUCUUCUCGAGCUUAUCAGUGGUCGCCAACCAAUCCUUAAAUCUGCAGGCAAAGAAGAAAGCCUUGUUGUAUGGGCUACUCCUCGGUUAUAUGACAGUAGGCGAGUAAUUACAGAGUUGGCUGAUCCAAAAUUGAAAGGAAACUUCCCAGAAGAUGAGGUGUAUAUAAUGGCAAACCUAGCAAAGGAGUGCUUACUAUUGGAUCCUGAUACUAGACCAACUAUGAGUGAAGUUGUUCUAAUUCUUUCAAGUAUUUCCCGAACCAAAUCUAGAAGGAGAAGAUACAUUCAAUUGUGCCUUUUUCAGGUGAACACAUUUGCCGAGGAACCAGAUAAUGCAGAGAAGCAAAGACAAGCUUCAUGGAGAAGAUUUCCACCUCCUAAUUCAUUACCACGAGGUACUGACUACAAUCUCCGUGUUGAAAAUGAAGAUAAAGAUGUAGAUACAAUUUCAACAGAGUAUAUGAAGAGUUUGAUCCUCUUUACUUCAAAAGGUGAGAGCUGGCGUGCAUUAGAAGAGGAAAUGGUAGACCUAUCGGAACCUCGGUUGGAAUCGUUUUUCCCUUGAUAACAUACACAUUCCGUUAUGUAUUGGUACUACUAUAACUCUGUAGCAUUUACUACUUUGAUAUUUUAUAGUGUUGUUUUUUUAGAUAAACAGAAAUAUAUUUGUUGCGUUCUACUUGCUGUAUAGAAAAAACAUACUUGAUUCCGGCUCUACUUUAUUUGGAAAAGAAUCGGAUGUGAUACAUGUAAAAAAUCAUUGUAAAUUUGCAAAUAUAUGUACAGAUAGAAAUGUCACAUGAAAUCGUAUAUUGUAUUGUAUAUCUACUACAUCUUCUAUCCUAAGAAAAUGAAUGUUUAUUAGCAAGUACCUUUUUAUUGUUCGCUUAAUAAGGUUUAUGUGUUAGUUGGGGUGGAAUUUGUGGCAUUAAGUUAUCAGCCUUUGAAUGGUAGAUGAAAGGUUUGACUUGUAGAAAGGAAGUUAUUCAACUUUUACAUAUUUAUUGAGUGGUAGAACUGUCGAAGCAACCAUUGUAACUUGUAAGUAACUGAUGGAUCCGCCGCCGCCUCCUCCACCUCCUCUUCCUCCUCCUCCAAGCACACCAUUGUUAGGUCCAGCUCCCCCGGGUGGAGGAUUCUUGGAUUAUUGCUUAUGGUUUCUAUGCUGCUGUGGUCUAAUUAGUUGCUGCUUUCCUCCACUCUACGAACCAGGACCUCCUCCUCCUCUUUAAUGCUUGCUGCAUUGUUCUGUUAAAACCUUUUAAAUAUUUAAGUAUUUUCUAAUCACUGCAAGGUAACUAGAGAAAAAUAGUGAUAAGUAACCUUUCCUAUGCAUCAAUAUUAUUACUUGUUUGUAGCAGUUGUAACCUUGAUCAUUUGUGACAGGGUUUUAAUCAUUUGAUUUGAUGCAUGUAACUUGUGCUAUUCUAAUGAGAAAAUGACUUGAUUGUUGUUUGUAUACAAACCUUGUGGCUUUGAUU